CUCUCAUCUGGAUAGAACCAAAGCCCCAUCAGAGCCGCACACUCACACAUCAGCUGCUGAGGGGAGAGGGAGACGAGGAAGGCAGCAGAUAAAGGGCCGGUGUUGAGAGUGUGCACAGCCUGUGCAGCUAGGAAGCCUGUGUGUGUGUGUGUGUGUGUGUGUGUGUAUUGAUGAGGCAGCCAGGGACCAGUUUGUCUCACAUGAGUCUACGGUCCAGAAGAGGUCACUUCUUACAUGUUUUCUUCACCGUUUUGAUGCGGGACCUCUACUAGGAUCAGAAUGACUCUCCUGGGCUCUGAACAUUCUGUGCUGAUACGAAGCAAAUUUAGAUCAGUGCUACAGUUAAGACUUCAGCAGAGGGGGACACGAGAGCAGCGGGCAGAUCAAGGCACCAUGCCUCUGAACCAUGGAAAGUUUCCAAAACAAGAGGACUCCUAUGCUUUUGAGGAGGAGAGUAGCCGUGAGAGUCUGUCUCCUGAGCAGCACCACAGUGAUGAGUCUCAGGGCUCGGCCUGCCCUUCUUCUGAUGCUGUUGGCAGUACAGCCUCCUCCUCUUCCUCGCCUGCCCUCACAAGUCCACAGCAGGGUGGCACAAACCGGGACCCACUUGACCAAAGCCAGGAAGAACAUGUGUUUGAGACCAGCGACAGCCAGGCAACCCCCCCAGUACCUGUUCCUGCUAUAGUCAAGUCCAAGACAUCAGACAAGAACCGACACAAGAAGCCUAAAGAUGUGAAGCCCAAAGUGAAGAAGCUCAAGUACCACCAGUACAUUCCUCCAGACCAGAAGGCGGAGAAGUCCCCCCCUCCCAUGGACUCAGCAUAUGCUCGACUUCUUCAGCAGCAGCAGCUCUUCCUGCAGCUGCAGAUCCUGAGCCAGCAGAAACACACCCACACACAUUCACCCAUACAGCACUCACCACUGCAACACUCACACACGCUGCAGACACAGGUCCAUGCCCAGCAGAGGCAGCCCAGCUUCGUCUACCAGCCUCACCCACCAGAGCAGAAUUCCAGAGGAGCUACUGAGCAGCCAUCAGCCUGCAGCACUAGCGGUCCGUCCAGCACAGCCAGCAGUAAUUCAUCCUCUCCAGUCAAAAACGCUUAUUCUACCCAGAGCAGCACCUCUCCCAUCAAAGUCGGGCCUCUCCCUGUAAAUCUGGAAGAUCUCAAAGUGUCAGAACUGAGGCAGCACCUGCGUAUCCGGGGCAUGCCCGUCUCAGGCACCAAGACGGCCCUAAUCGAGCGCCUCCGGCCUUUUAAGGAUUCCACUGCAGACUCCUCCCCUUCAGGAUCCUCUGACAUCACCACCUUGACCUUCCCAGUCACACCCACGGGGUCCCUGUCCUCCUACCAGUCUCCGUUGUCCUCCAGCGCUCUUUCGCAGGGGGGGUUCUACCCUUACCCAAGCACCUCCUCGACCCCGCCUAUUUCUCCAGCCUCCUCUGAGCUUUCUCUGAGUGGCUCCCUCCCCGACAGUUUUAGUGAUGUCCCCAUGUCCUCCCCAAAUCAGUUCCAUCUGCAACCAUCCCCGGCACAGCUAAGCAUAGAGGAGGUCCAGGGCGUGGGAGGUGACCAGCUGAGUGGAAGAGACCAGCGGGUGGGGGUGGGUGGAGGCACUGAGGCUCCAGAUGCUGAAAAAGAUAAAAUGCUGGUGGAGAAGCAGAGGGUGAUCGAAGAACUCACGUGGAAGUUGCACCAGGAGCAGAGACAGGUGGAAGAGCUAAAGAUGCAACUCCACAAGAGGAAACGCUGUUAUGGAGCAUUACAGGACCCCCCCUCUCCUCCGUCUCACUCCUCGACGCUCCAUCAGCAGCAGACCACAACUGGACAGCAUUAUUUGGGAGUGAUGAUCAAGCAAGAACCGAUGUCCUUGUCCUCCAGCUGCCCCCUGUCUUCUCCCAAACAGCUCAAGUGUCCUCCUAGUGGCUGCAUGGAGGAUCUCAGACAAAGCAUCAUUUCCACAACAACUGUGAGGGGGGGGCAGUGUAUAGAUACAGGUCCUUCCUGUGGAAGCCCAUCAACCAUGUCAGCCUUCCUCAGUCCACAGUGCUCCCCGCAGGACUCUCCCAAUGGAAAAGCCUCCAGCCGUUCCCAGCCAUCAUCUCCUAACAACCCCUACCUGUUGUCACCUCCAACAGGACGGGACAGCCGUGGACACAGAACUCACAGUGUACAGAUGCAGCCGCGGAGCUGUGACCAGCAGGUGGAUUGUUCGUAUCCUUCAGACCAAAGAAACCUACAGCCUGUAUUUCCUGGCUCCGCUGACUGUGGCUUACAUCACAACGGCUCCACCAAGGCUGAAAGCCACAAUGUUCGGCCAAAGAUGUCAGUAUUACCAUCUUCCCGGCAUGUUGGCCUAAAGUGUCAGGGCUCCCCCCCUGCCUUCAGUAGCUCAGAGUCAGACUCGUCUGAUCUAAGACAGCCCCCAUGCUAUGAAGAUGCAGUCAAGCAGCAACUGACCCGCAGCGAGCAGAUGGACGAACUCUUGGAUGUUCUCAUAGAGAGUGGAGAGAUGCCAGCUAACGCCAGAGAAGCGAGGGAGAGGUCCUCUGUAACCAAAGUUGUGCCUCACAUUACUGUGUCCCCAGGGUGUCCCGGCCUCCUUGUUCCAAGAUUCCACCGGCACUUUGAGUCCUUGUCCUCCAGUCAGCUUCCUUACGACCAUGCCGCCCAUCACGUCUCCGAGAGCCACCUACAGACUCUGCUGAACAGUCCAGUGGAGCGUGGAGGAGCUACUGAUCAUGAGCUCCAGAAAAGUGAAGGGAACAGGAACAAUGAGGAAUACAGCGGCCAGCGCUGCCACCCUAACCAUCUCCAACAGGAAAAAGCUUUGACCAACAGAGACCUGACAGACCACCCUCUGUCCCCCGUUAGCAGUAAGGCUGUUCCUGAGGUACAAGGGGUGGUCAGCAUGGCCUACAGCGAGACGCCGUGGGAAAUGAUGGAGUGGCUGGAACUGGCACCACUCAGCUCAGCCGCCGCCUACAGUGAUGCUCAGCCCAGUAUGCCCAGUAUCUUUAACGCUGAGUUCCUGGAUGUCACAGACAUUAACCUGAACUCUGCCAUGGACCUUCAACUGCAGCACUGGUGAAAGUAAGACUACCACUGAACCGUGCCCUUUACUAGCUUCGAUCCAAGUGUGACUCGCUUUGCUGUAAUCCAAAGAAAUGUUUUGUAGACGCCUAGACAUUUUGUCUUGAAUCUUAAUUUUACUUAACAUUUAUUUUAUCAUCAAAACCAGAAACCAGGUGCUGUUUGGACCACGGAGAACAAAACUUCUAUAGAAGGAUGACAGACGUUUCCCUGUGGAGACAUGGUUGCCAUGCCGACACUCAAAGCACCAUCAGUGGUAUACCAGCCUGACUUAAAGACAUCAGUCACCAGCGACCAUAUACCUGCUGGCUCUGUGAUUGUGUUAGUGGCAACAAACAAAAAGAUGCAAAGACGAAGAAGACUUCUGUCAAUGCAGCGACAAGUACGCUUGGAUUGUAAAGAGAUCAUAGCAAAGUGUUUAAUUAGAUGUAAAUAUGUGUAUUAGUCAUAUAUCAGGUGUGCUAGACUUUAACAUCAGCUUUUCAAAAGUCUUUGACAAAAGCAGAGAUGUUCCUUCUCCGGCGUGCAGAUGUUCCAACUAUUUCCUGGAAUGUUCAGCGUCGUAUCUUCACGGGGUUUUUGGACCAGCUCGCAUUAAAGUCCAGCUAUGGUUUUGGGCCCACCCGUUAAGUAAAACUCACUUAGCACUUAAUUCAUAUUUAUCACUAAUUAUCAUUAAUGGUUGUUGAACUGCUACGAAACGUUUUUUGUGCUGAACCAUCUUUAAUUUUGAUGUUUAUCCACAAGGAGGCGCUAGGGAGAUCAAGUUAACCCUUAUUCGACCUUAAUGCAUUUUUUUUUUUGUGCUCAAAGGACAAAAAAGUUAGAAAAUUAAAGGGUUACAUGAGGGUUAAAGCAGCACAAAAACGGCCUUAUUUCACCACAGUUGUGUCUAUACAACAUAUACAUGAAGACAUAUACUUUUGUCCCAUUUACACUUUUGUAUUAACUCUCAGCAUAUAGUCCUUUUGAAAGCUCGGAGUCAUUUAAAAAAGAUAACUUUUCUCCUCACUAGUUGAUAAUUCCAGGCCAAUCACAGUUAUUUAUUUCAUCUUUUGUAUUUAUGAUUGUGUCUUUACACUGACUGGCUUUACUGUUGAAUGUUGUUGCUUUUUACCACUAUUGUUAUCAAACCUGAUAGAAAAGUCAUGUUUUCUUAUAUUUAUUUUCUUUAGACGAUCAUAAAUUGAAUACGUUCAUUCCAAACGCUUGUGAAUAAGCAGGGUUUAUAUCCAGAAGCUAACUGUGAAGACCACACUACAUCAGUCUUAACUGCCACCACAGCUGGUUUAGAACAACCACUGUAUCUGUCCACUUUUUAGCAUCAGCCAGAAACAGUAGAAUAACAUCCAUGAAGCUCACAGCUAGCACAGCGCUGAACCCAGAAAGCUCAUCAGAACCCCUAAUUUGUUUGUAUAAAGGCCUGGGGUCUCGUUUAUCAAACGCUCAUAGAAACUGUCCUAUGUUCCCUCCUACGACUGAAAUUUAGAAUGUGUGUACGAACAGUCAAAAGACUGAUUUAUGAAUCGUGCGGUGGCCUCUCGUACGCACGUUCCUCCGCAAAGUCUGACGAUAAAUCCCACCAGUGCGUACCCAGGUGCUCGUGUCCGUUCGCCAUCAUUUACAUACAGAAACGCCCUCAAUUAACCAUAUUGGUCACGCUACUCUUCAGCACGUGAGGGGAUUCCGUUUUUUCCCGGAAAAAAUAACUUUAUUGACAGCAAGAUCGAAACACUGGCUGCCAAAGCGCAAAAGAACCAAAGAAGUUUCAGAGGUUAAAAACGCGGUUGGGACAGAGGGGAGAGGUUCCUGUCGGGAAUAAAUUAAAAGUUAUCUGAUUCAUCGUGGAGUAACGGGUUGUUAAGGAGUCGUUCUGUGGAGUUAGUUUUAUUUGGAAAUGUUGUCCGAGUGCAGCCUCAGCCAUGGACGUAAUUUUGGGGGGGGGGGGACGGGGGGACAUGUCCCCCCCACUUUUUCCAAAGUCAAGUUUUGACCCCUGCACUUUUUACCAUCCAAAAACAAUAUUACGCUAUAUUAAAUUGACACUGGUUGAGCUCUAGGACCCAGCAGAAAACAACCGUUUGUGUUGAAGCCUGUUUCCCAUUAGAACAUACUGUAAAGAUCCCCCCCCCCCCCCCCCCCCCCCCCCGUGUCCCCCCCCACUUCUAAAGUGAAAAUUACGUCCAUGGCCUCAGCCUCUUCUGAGCGGUCAUUCAGUCUGGUUGGUGUGAUCGGGGAGCAGGAGGAGGUUCUGGGGGGUUCUCGUAGUUAUCUGUUGCUCUGCAAAUGGUCCCAAAUCCAGAGGCGCCUCCAGAAAAUUUUGAUAGAGGUGGCCAGAUGGGGCCAAAUAAAUUUUUGGGGUGGCACAUCAAAUAGGUCCUUGUGGUAACUCUGGGAGAGCUUAGCCUGUAGCGAUGUAUUGCAUUGCUCCUUUAUUUAUUUUUAUUAAAAUAACAGUACUUAUCCAAAACAUUUAAUUAAAUUUUACCAACACAAACAUUUCAGAAAAAGACAUUUCAGUUAUUUAAAAUGGUAUUCCAAAUUUUAUUUAAAAUUACAUUUUUUAGCUUAAUUCACCUGUUGCUGUUCAUAAAAAAAUAAAAACCAUGGGGAUAAAAACUUUUUUUUAAAUGGUGAGCAGCGGAAACACAUGCAUUUAUUUUUUAUUCCUAUUAUUUAUUUACUUAAGUGUAUUAUUUUUAUUUUGUUUUACAAUCAUGUCUUGAUUAACAAGAUCAAUAUAUGAUUUGACUGAACAUUAAUAUGAUUUAUUAACACUGACUUUUCCUGGGGGGACCAGCACCUUUCUAGGGGUGGCCAUGGCCACCCCUGGCCACCCCUUGGGGCGCCCUUGCCCAAAUCACAGCAUAGCAGAAGGAUUUCCUUUGAGAUUGCAGCGCUCACGGAGGACGCUCCAGUGUGCACAUUCUGGUAAAUCCUCCAAUAACACAGAUCAGCCGUGAUAUAAUGUCAGAUUCCCGUCGCUAACAGUGUCUUUUACUGGUUUCAACACCAAUUAUGCAAAAAAGCCGCUUUUCCACUGACAAAAUAAAAUUUGUGGAUGAGAAACAUUUGGAUGACUCGCAUAAUUGGUGCUAAAACCAGUAAAAGGCACAUGACCGACGGGAAUCUGACAUCAUGACUAAUCUGUUAUUUGAAGAUUUAAUAGAGCGUGCUGUCUGGAGGGAUCGCGUUCUCCGUGAGGAAGAAAUCCUUCUGCCAUGCUGGGAUUUGGGACCCUUUGUGGUGCGACGGAAAAAUCUCAUGAAUCCCAUUCCAGUUCGUAUUUUAUUUUACAACUACGAGAACCCCCCUGAACCGCCUCCUGCCCCCCGAUCAUACACACAACCAGACUGAAUGACAGCUCAGAAGAGGCUGCACUCAGCCAGUGUCUCAAUAUCACAUCAAUAAACUUUAUUUUUUCUGAAAAAAAAAAAACAAAAACAAAAAAAACUGGGAAUUUCCUCACGUGCUGAGGACGUAGUGUAACCAAAUAUGGUUAAAUGAGGGCGUUUCUCUAUGUAAAUGACUGAGAACGGACACGAGCACCUGGGUACGCACAGGUGGGCCCAGAGUCACUGAGGAAACCACUUUUACUUGUUCCAUUUCAACUAUGAACAAAAGGAAGUACAUGAUUUUAUUCGUAUGUGCUCAAAUUUCUGCAUUUUAGGAAGGGGAAUAAAAGGAAGUAACGUGUGAAGCGAGGGGGUAAGUUGUACUCUUGGGGCAUUGCUGAAGGGAUGGGGGUAUAAUGAGGUUUCAGACUGGGUUUGAUGCUCGUCCUAUUCCAAACCGUGCUGGCGUAUCCGGUCCUUAGCCCAGCACCCACAAUGCUCCACAGGAACCAGUGGGUCUAGAACCAGAUGGAUGGUGUUAAUCCAGGAUGACAGAGGCCUCAAAUCAGCUGAGUCAUGUUUGGUUGUUUCAGCUGAGUCAUGUUUGGUUGUUUCAGUUUAAAUUGGACAUUUUGAUCUGAUCCGAAGUUUCUCAGGCAGCCCUUUUUUGCUGUUUCUAAAGACACGGCUACGACACCAUUUUCUAAUCACGACUGUAAACCUCUGCUGUGAUGUCAUUGGUUUGUUUCCCGUAUUUCAGUCACACAUGUAGUCGUUUCUAUUAAGGUCACUGAAAUCUUCAUAUUUACUGAGCAAAUGUGAAAGUGGUGUUUAUUGUCUCUUCACUGAAGGUAACGGCAGUUAUUUCACUGAUUAUCUGCCGCCCGUGUUGCUUCGGCUGAUUAUGGCCUUUACGUGUUGCGACAGUUCACGUGUUAUUUUCUUCUACGGUGGGGGUUUCUCUUAUGGUUGUAGUGUAAUCUUCUGGACAUUGUUCUUUUCCACUAGGGCUGAUUUUGAACCAAAUACAGUGGAAAACAAACAAAUCGCACAUAUUACACCUGACAGAAGCUUUCUUGUUGCUUGGCCACCGACUUGCCUUAAUAUUGUAAACAAAUGUAUCCUGUCAGCAGAUCUGUAUACAACGUAAAGACGAGCAAUAAAACGAUCACAGCAAAAUUA